AGUAUAAAAAUUCAAUUACAAUAAGGGCCCUAACUACAACUAAACUUAACUUCUUCAUCGUGUUGUCUUCUGCAACAAUACUUAAAAUUUUGUCAACUUGAAUUUCAAAAUUUUGAUGCAAUAAUAGGCUAUUGCAGUUUCAAUUUACUGAUAAAGUUUUAAAUCAAGAAAAUUUAAUUCUCUACCUAUUAUCUAAAAAAUGACUUUAGAAGACGACAUGCAAGGUGCUUCAUUACGGGAAAUUUAUAUAGCCGAGAGUGGUAAUGAUGAUUCUGGUGACGGUUCUGAAAAAUUACCAUUCAAAACUCUUCUUCAGGCUAUGAGAUUUGCUGGUAAGGAACCUUUUCCAAGUUUCUAUGCUGAAUCAAACAAAGAUGGUGAGAAGUGGCAGUUGGUAUCACAAUCCCAAAUAAAGAAAGUGAAGAAAAUUUGGCAAAGGGAGCAAUACAAGAAUGCCGAGAAAGUUGCUAAGGAACAAGGUGAUGCCGAAAGGAAGGAAAAAAAUCUUGAAGAAGCAAAGAAAAUAAUCAUCACCAUGGAUGAUUCUUUACCUAAACCUGUUUUGACUAAAAUAAGAGAUUGUGUUUCUCAUCGAGGCAAACGAGUUAAAGUUUAUGGUUGGGCCCAUAGGAUAAGAAGACAAGGAAAAGCUUUAAUGUUCAUCACUUUAAGAGAUGGUUCUGGUUUUCUCCAAUGUGUUCUAAAUGAUUUAUUAUGUCAAACAUAUGAGGCUCUAGUUUUAACUACUGAAUCAUCAAUCUGUGUAUAUGGUGUCAUAAAUGAAGUUCCAGAUGGUAAAAGUGCACCUGGAGGUCACGAACUUCAGUGUGAUUAUUGGCAAUUAGUUGGAGAAGCCCCUGCUGGUGGAAUUGAUGCUGUGUUAAACGAAGAAUCUCAUGUUGAUGUGCAAUUAGACAAUCGCCAUCUAAUGCUUCGUGGAGAGACUCUAUCAAAAAUCAUGCAGGUCCGCUCAACCUUAUUGGAGAGCUUUAGACAACACUUUUUCCACGAAAAUUAUGUAGAAGUUACACCCCCAACAUUGGUCCAAACUCAAGUAGAAGGGGGUUCAACUCUUUUCAAACUGGACUUUUUUGGAGAAGAGGCUUAUUUAACACAGUCUUCACAACUCUAUUUAGAAACUGUGAUUCCUUCAUUAGGCGACGUAUUUUGUAUAGCUAUGUCUUACAGAGCUGAACAGUCCAGAACUAGGAGGCAUGUAGCUGAGUAUACUCACGUAGAAGGUGAAUGUCCUUUUAUAUCAUUUGAUGAUCUUCUAGAUCGUUUAGAGAAUAUAAUCUGUGAUGUAGUUGAUAGAGUUUUAAAGUCACCUAUUGGACAUUUAGUCUAUGAAUUCAAUCCAGAAUUUAAACCACCAAAAAAGCCCCUUCGUAGAAUGAACUAUGCUGAUGCUAUCAAAUAUUUACGGGAGCACAACAUAACAAAGGAAGAUGGUUCCUUUUAUGAAUUUGGGGAAGAUAUUCCUGAAAUGCCUGAAAGAAAAAUGACUGACCAAAUAAAUGAACCUAUUAUGCUGUGUAGAUUUCCUGCUGGAAUUAAGUCAUUCUAUAUGAGCAAAUGUCCUGAAGAUCCAACUCUUACCGAAUCUGUUGAUGUUCUUAUGCCUGGUGUUGGAGAAAUUAUUGGAGGUUCAAUGAGGAUAUGGAAACCAGAUGAAAUGAUGGAGGCUUACAAAUCAGCUGGCAUAGAUCCUAAAUCUUAUUACUGGUACAUUGACCAGAGAACAUAUGGCAGCUGUCCUCAUGGUGGUUUUGGUCUUGGUCUGGAAAGAUAUCUCACUUGGUUGUUAAACAGAUUCCAUAUACGAGAUGCAUGUCUUUAUCCUCGGUUUGUCGGUCGAUGCACUCCGUAAUUUGUUCUGCUCUCCCUCUUGGACAUUCCUAAAUGCAACAUUAUUUAUUUUUUAAAAAAACAUCUUCACUAAAUGUGAUAAAUUAAUGAUACACAUUCUAGAUUUCAGAGAUAUUUUCUUUAUAAUAACAGAAAGUGUUACUUAUACAUUUUGCUUUUUUCUCUGCAUUAUUAAUUAGCAAUAAACUUUUUUAUGGUUUA